UUCUUCUCUCCAGCACACGCCCUGUCACCGUGAAAAAAAAAAACUUGGCUGGGGCAACAAGUUAAAUCACGGAAAAGAUAUGUGCUAGUGCUUCAUCUAGCUCAAGACUGAGGAGGAGGAACAAGGAGAGCCGCAGUCGAACCACACUCUUGUCCUACGCCCUGCGUCUUUCACAAGAUGGAGUCAGCAAUCCAAACCAUUGUGACCACCUUUGUGACUUCUGCCAGAGGAAAAGAGUCCCUAGACAAAAAAGCUGCCCAGAAAUUGGUUCAGAAGCAUUUCAGCGGAUUGAUGGAGGACACAAACUGCUCCUCUGCUGUGAAGGAGAUGCUGAGCGGUCUUGAUGAAAACACUGAUGGAAAGAUCAACUUCCCCGAGUACAUGAAGUUGGUGGGCCACAUCGCCAAGUCCCUCAGCGAGAGGCAGGCUGCAGGCGAGCAAGCAGCUGCUUAACUGCUGUGCUGCCUAGCUAAACCCUGAAGUUCCACAGACGAUCAAACCUACGUGCAUUUUCAAUAUUCCUUCAGCUAUUAUUUCCAUCCGCUAGCACUCAAUUUAAUCAAUGACCUUAGUAUCUACCAUUCUCGACAUUGUGCUCCAUCCAACCAUGUCGCCGUCACAUUGAAGGAUUCUGGGCUGCUCCUUUCAUAACAGAGUGUUUUUCAAAACGUAAUAAAAGAACCCAUCAAUGGAAA